CGGGUGGAGGUGCCGAGACAUGACCCGGGGCCCUGGCCAGCUAAGCGGCCCUCGUCUGGACACCGUCGCCAUGCCCAAGAGAGGAAAGCAGCUCAAAUUCUGGGCCCAGGACGCCUGCUCGGGCCAAGUGACCGUGGCGGACGAUGCCAACCCAGAACCGGCAGUGGUGAGGUCCGGAUGGGUCAAGAAAGCCAUGGCCAACACUGUUCAGCAGGAAGUAAAAUCUCUCUGUGGCUUGGAAGCAUCCCAGGUUCCUGCGGAGGAGGCUCUUUCUGGAGUGGGGGAGCCGAGUGACAUCAUGGACAGCAGUGAUGAGAUGGACGCCCAGGAGGAUGGGGCUGGAGAAGAGGAUCCUGUGGAUAUCUGGCUGCUGCUGGCUUCCUACAUCGGUCCUGAGGACACUGUGAACUUUUCCCUGAUUUGUAAGAAUGCUUGGACUGUCACUUGCACUGCUGCCUUUUGGACCAGGUUGUACCGAAGGCACUACACGCUGGGUGCUUCUCUACCUUUGCGGCUGCAACCAGAGUCCAUGGAGAAGCUGCACUGUCUCCGGGUAUGUGUGAUCCGAUCUCUGUACCAUAUGUAUGAACCGUUUGCUGCUCGAAUCUCCAGGAACCCUGCCAUUCCGGAAAGCGCUCCCAGCACACUGAAGAAUUCCAAAUGCUUACUUUUCUGGUGCAGAAAGAUUGUUGGGAUCAGACAAGAACCAGCGUGGGAGUUCAACUUCAAGUUCAAAAAACAGUCCCCUUGAUGAAAGAGCGAGUGUACGGAACGGUUGCAAUCGCCCAUUCAGUAUCAAGAUGUUCAUACCAACCCUGACCAGGACUGCUGCCUGCUCCAGGUCACCUCCCUCAACUUCGUCUUUAUUCCUAUUGCCAUGGGAAUGAUAUUUACCUUGUUUACUAUUAAUGUGAGUACAGACAUGCGGCAUCAUCGAGUGAGACUGGUGUUCCAAGAUUCUCCCGUCUGUGGUGGUCAGCAUCUGCACGGUGAACAGGAUGUGCAAGCCGUCCUGGACCCAGUGCACCAUGUUCGGCUCUUUGACUGGUGGCAUCCGCAGCAUCCGUUCUCCCUGAGAGCAUAG